ACGUAAAAUAAUAAGAAUGCAUAGUGCUAGAGCUUUUUUUGCAACGAUAUUACUAGUACUAUCAUUUGGAGUUAACUCAUGCCCUCCUUCUGAAUGGGCAUCACUCAUGUCCAUCAAAUCAUCUCUCAACGAACCCAACUUCGGUAUCUUCCAUUCAUGGAGAGGCACCAACUGUUGUUACAGUUGGUACGGCAUCACCUGCGACCCCACCACACGUAGUGUCGCCCAAAUUACUCUCCCCGGCCUCACCGUAGGCGACAAUCACCGCCGCUUAAAAACAUCCAAAACUGGAUACAUGACUGGACACAUCUCCUCAUCAAUUUGCAACCUCACACAACUCUCCAGCAUUACCAUCUCAGACUGGAAGGGCAUUUCGGGAAAUAUACCUGAAUGCAUCACAACCCUCCGUUUUCUCCAAAUCUUAGAUCUCUCCGGAAACUUUAUCACCGGUAAGAUUCCCUACAACAUAGGGAGCCUCACCGAGCUUACUGUGCUCAACCUCGCAGACAAUCACAUCUCAGGAAAUAUCCCAACGACGGUUAUAAACCUCAACAACUUAAUGCAACUGGAUCUUCGCCAUAACGCAAUAGAGGGCCCCAUUCCCGGAAACAUCGGCCGCCUUAAAAGACUGAACCGGGUUUUCCUAAGUCACAACCGGAUAAACGGUCGAAUUCCACGGUCGAUUUCAAAUAUUUACGGUUUGACUGACGUGGACCUGUCGUUGAACCGUUUAUCCGGUUCGAUUCCGUUUUCGUUGGGUCAAAUGCCGGUUCUGGAUUAUUUGAAUCUGAGGUAUAACAAUUUCACGGGGAGGAUUCCGAAGAGUUUAUUGGCUUCAAGAAUGAGUCAUUUGGAUUUAAGUAGAAAUGGUUUGAGGGGAAAUAUACCGGAUGUGUUUAGUGAAAUUUCGUAUUUUAUAAACCUUGAUUUGUCACGAAAUAAUUUGAUUGGUUUAAUUCCUAAGUCUAUGGUGUUAGCAACUUAUAUUGGCCACGUGGAUUUUAGUCAUAACCGUCUUUUUGGGAGGAUUCCGGCUGCUACUUCUUUAAGCCAUCUUCAGCCGGCUUCGUUUCAACAUAAUGCACGCCUUUGUGGCAAGCCGCUUAAGCCCUGCACUCAUGGUGGUAUAUAUAAGCGUGAAUAAACGGGUUGGAUUUGGAUAACCCAUAUUAUUAUUGCGUGUUUCAAGAAAGAGAAGUUUCCUUUCAGUUCAGCUUUCUCUCCUUUGCUCGUGUGUCUUUCAAGUUUCAAACAUACAAUAUUAUCAUUGGAUAGAGGAUUUUUUAUUUAUUAUAUACUGAAAUGUUUUAUGAAGAUAACAAGUGAUUAUUAACAUGUAUACUAAAACACGACUUUAUAACUUGAUUUAAAGUAAAUAUUUGAUA